AUGGGGUCUGUUUCCAACCAGCAGUUUGCAGGUGCCAAGCCGGGCGAGGAGCCGGCCGGAGACUCGCCCAAGGCCGAGAACGAGCCCCAGCCGCUGCACGGCUCCGGCAUCUGUAAGUGGUUCAAUGUCCGCAUGGGCUUCGGCUUCCUCUCCAUGACCGCCAAGGGCGGCGCGACCCUGGACUCGCCCGUCGAUGUCUUCGUGCACCAGAGCAAGCUCCACAUGGAGGGUUUCCGCAGCCUGAAGGAGGGCGAAGCUGUCGAGUUCACCUUCAAGAAGUCAUCCAAAGGUUUGGAGUCCAUCCGGGUGACCGGCCCGGGGGGUGUCUUCUGCAUCGGCAGCGAGAGGAGACCCAAAGGCAAGAGCCUCCAGAAACGCAGAUCGAAAGGAGACCGAUGCUACAACUGCGGCGGGCUGGACCACCAUGCCAAAGAGUGCAAGCUCCCGCCGCAGCCCAAGAAAUGCCACUUCUGCCAGAGCAUCAGCCACAUGGUCGCCAACUGCCCCGCGAAAGCACAGCAGUCCCCCAGCUCCCAGGGAAAACCUGCCUACUUCCGAGAGGAGGAGGACAUUCACAGCUCGGCCCUCCUCCCCGAAACCCGGGAAUGA